CUCCAUCUACAAAGAAAUUGCCGCUGUUUUAAAGGGAAACCAAGGUUGUUGAGCUGUAGGCUUGGAGUAGCGGGCUCCAGUCUGAUGCUGGAAGCAGGGCCCUGUGGAGCAGAAGAGCAGUGCGGCCGGUCUCCCCUCUGUCCUCUCAUGCCUCCCCCUUUGUGUCCCCCUGUGUGUUAGUGACCCCAUCACACCCUCCACCACCUCCUCUACUGCCCCACCACCCACCUGCCCCCUGCACGCCUGCUCCUUCCUUGUGUUGUGCCCCCUCUCACCUCAUGCUCCGGACACAGUCUGCUCACUGCCAGCUCAAUGACUGCCUGGAUUGUCCUGCCUGUCAGCCUGUCUGCCUUCUCCAUCACAGGGAUAUGGAUCGUUUACGCCAUGGCUGUGAUGAAUCACCAUGUUUGUCCUGUGGAAAACUGGUCCUACAAUGUAACAUGCAUGGAGGAGCUACCCCGUCCUGGCUUUCCCAAAACAUGUUGCACCCUCCAGGACAUCCCCCUCAUCAGUAAAUGUGGUUCGUACCCUCCGGAGAGCUGCCUGUUCAGUCUGAUUGGGAAUGUGGGAGCCUUCAUGGUGGUGAUGGUGUGCCUUCUGCGAUACGCCCAGGUCAUUGAGCACAGCCACAGAUGUUGGGUCAACACCAGUGCCCUCGUGUCCGGCUGCACCAAUGCAGUCGGCCUGGUCAUGGUCGGCAACUUCCAGGUGGAUCAUGCCAAGUCGCUGCACUACGUGGGAGCAGGCGUGGCAUUCCCGGCCGGUCUGUUGUUUGUGUGUCUCCAGUGUGUGCUCACGUAUCGUGUGGCUGUGACAGCACUGGAUUACUGGAUGGCUCAUUUCAGAGUGGCCCUGGCCCUCGGAGCUAUGGUCUCCCUUGUUUUGAGUGGUAUGUUUUUCAUCCAUGAGAGCUUUGUGCUUCAGCACGCCGCUGCCAUCUGUGAGUGGGUUUUCACCGUGGACAUCCUGGUCUUCUAUGGGACCUUCACCUAUGAGUUUGGCACCGUCACUAGUGAGACCCUCAUGGCUGGCCUCCAGCAGACCCACCAUCACAGCCCAGGGGUCAUGAUGGGGCCUGGGUCCAGAGGGGCACUGGGAGGAGCCACUAAAGGUCUCAAAUCCCCUGGAGGCAGCAGCACAUCCACACAUCUCAACUGUACUCCUGAAAGCAUAGCCAUGUUGUAGCUCUGUGUUGCAUCAUGGGAAGGUAAUAAUGUAUAGUAAAAUAUGGUAUAUCUGGCGCCUGCUAGUGUUGGCCAAUGGCAUUCAGUCUUGCCACUACAGCUGAAUGUUUGCAGCCAAAGUUCAAAGGAUUUAUAAAAAAUAUUUUCAAAUGUUUCCCAUGUUGUAGCUUUAUGUUGCAGCAUGACAAGGUUAACAGCACAGUUUUGUCUGAUACCCCCUGGUGGUGGCUCAUGGCAUUCAGUGUUGCCGCUACAGCUGAAUGUCUGGAGCUCAAGUUCUAAUCUAAAUCAUGAAUGAUUUUUUUUUUUUUACAAUACAAAUUUACUCUUUCUGAAAAUCUUAAUUGAUGUGGGUACAAAUAUGACAUUCCCUAUAGCUUGGCCCACCUCUUUUUUGGCCUUUUGCUUCUUGCUGCACGGCACACUUUUAUGAAUGAAAGACUUAUGUUCAAGUUUUAAGUUUUUGUAGUAGGUAGAUUUAUUGAAUGUGUGUCAAUAGUUAGUACUUAUUUUUGUCAUAAAUGUGCUGUUGUCUUACAGCCUCAACCAAUCAACAGAUUUUUAUUUUAUUUUUAUUCUAUUUCUGCACAUUUUAAUGCCUGGUAACUGCUGAAUUUUAUGCCAAUUGUUUUUUUUUUUCUUCAAAUGUAUGAUUAUUGACUUGAUAAUUUCUGAUGUAAAAUCCAAGACAGCUUUUUUUUUCUUUUUUUUUUAACCCAUAAUGCUGUUCUACUUCUAAUGCAUGCAUUUUAAGUCCUGUCAUACUGCCUAUUCACAUCCAGUGUAAUAAUUUGUCUGAUUAGUUGUGUCACGAAGUACAUUGCCUUUUUUAAAUGGGGCUAUUUGUUUGUUUUUUAAUGUCAGCAUGUUUAUUUUAAGUGACCUCCAUUGAAGACAAUUGGAUCUUGAGUUUUUUUAUUUCGAAUAUUCCAGGCUGGACCCUUGGAAGCCUUAUUUUCCAAAACUAUGUGUGCCAUACGUUUAACACAGUGGCAUGAUUAUACAAAUACAUUGAGGUGUGUGUGUUGAGUUUUGCCAAUUUAACAUGAUUUACUGCCAUGAACUAAAUAUAAAUGGCAUCUCUUUGUGUGUUUUCAACGUGCUAAUUUUCUCCUCAUACUGUCUAUAGUAUUAGAGUUAAACCAAUGGUUUUUAAACUGCUGUCUGAUGCUUAAAGAUGUUUCUAUAUGCCUUUAAACUACUUAAAUCAACAGAUUAAAAAUUUAAGGCAAAUCAAUUUUAAGGCAGUUAUGUUAAAUGAAAUGGUUAUUGUAUUAAGAUUAACCUUAAAGUUUGGAGAAGAAGAGAUCAAUAAAAAUAAACACAAAUGGAUCAAUGUAUGGACAAAUGGAUCACUCCGAUACACUUGGACUGUACAUAGUUCAACUUUUUCCUCAUGAAUGGCCUUUUCAUCAAAUUUGGCCAAACAUGGCUGCUAGACAGGAAAGCUUUAAAGAUCUGGAUGAGAUUGGAGAGCAUGGACCUUCAUAUGAGAGUUUUGAGAACCACUGGUGUACACCAUUUUAAAAACCUUGGAUGCCAGCAAUAGUAAUAUUAGUGAUGUUGCCUACCUCUUAUUUACUGUGGAUUGUUAUGUCAAUGUUUAAUUCAUAUAAAGGGGGCAGUAUUGGAUACAAUGGAGGAUCUACAAUGUGUCAUGUGUCAGUUCAGGGUUCAGUUUCUCUUUUUUUCAUCCAAAUCUUUUCAGUUGUUUUUAAUGUGCAAAGGUUGUGUCAAUAGAGACAAUAGAAACCUUUUCUUGUACAUGUGUUGCCAAAAACACUAUGGUCUGGUUUUUCAGUGGACUGUUUCAGCCUUACACACAUAUGGUGCGGGGAGAAUGUUUAAAAAUGUUUUUGUUUUGUUUUUAAUUAAAGUUUUGACUUUUUUUCUAGUUUAGCAAACUGUUGUUCAAAAUUUAAAAUGGCAGCUUGAAUGAACCAACAAUUUCAGCAACAGGCCAAACUGUCGUAUUUUUUUAAUUUCAGUACAUGUAAGUUAUUACAGAUGCUUGAUCUGUUCUUGUCUUUUUAAAUGCAAAGUCACAUCAACUGUAAAUUAACCACUGAAGAAUGGAGCAGUGGAAAAUAUCCCUCAAUAACCUGGAUAAUUCAUUUUCUUUUAUAAAUUGUGUAAAUAUGUAUGAUUUGUCUAUCAUUUAGGUAUUUUGAUUUGAAAGAGAUUUAUAUUCAAAUAAAUGAAAUAAAAACUAUAAAUUAUUAGCA